CUGUACAUUCAAUAAUUACCCUUUGUUCUUAAAGUGACUCAUUUGAAUGUGUCUCAGGCAUUGAGAGACAAAAACACAAUGUUUGUCUGCAUACUGUUGGUCCAGUACUGCAAUUGCUGCAACUGCCUACAUGCACAAAAGUGUGACAUCACAGCACACAUACAGCAAAAGUUUACAAAGAGAGAUGUACACAGUAUGUCUUUGUGUAUACAUAUACAAAUCCCAGCUAUUUCACAAAUCCCAUUUACAUGUUGAGAAAUUUGGUAUGUUCAAUCUGUCACAGUUCAUUAAUAGUAACAUUUAAUCACCUCUCUGCUCUUACUUCCUGGGGCAUUUGAUCUUGCUCUUUGUGCACAGUACUUGUUUUGUAUAAAUCUUGUUUUUAAGUUAGUGGUUUUGUGGGGUGUGAACACUUAACACCUCUAGAAGUACCACGUGUAUAGGGUUAAGGCAUAAAAGUAUCGCCACAUUCUGUAAAGGAAGGACAAGGUAAGACAACUGUCUAGAUAAAAUGAACCACUAGAGUACUAACAGGAAACAAUAACAGCUAACAGCUUUGGCAUUACAAGCAAGGAAGAGCAAACUUCAGAUCUCUCUGCUCAUCAAUUUACAUUCUAUACAAAAAUCAACAGUAUGAAGGGAACAAAGUGUUUAAAACUGGUUACCAGCUUUUUCAGCCUUGUUGCUCUGAUUGGGGGUGGGACUGCGGGAAUGGGUAUAUGGUCGAAAAUAAGCAGCGAAUCAACUGAGGUGUUGAUGAAAACAGUUGAUGAAUCCUAUGCCUUGAUGAUCCACACGGCGCUUACGAGCAGCAACUUGCUCAUAGCUGGAGGCUGUUUCCUCUUUAUUAUGGGUUUGGUUGGCUGUUGUGGCACUUUGAAGAAACAAAGUUGGAUGCUCUUGGUGUUCUUCUUCGCUGUGCUCAUCAUCUUCAUUCUUCAGAUCAUUGGGGCAGUGUUCACUCUCCUCCCCAAUUCUUUGAAAGAAAAAUCAUUGAUCUCAUUAGAAACAAAAGUUGUUGAGACCAUUGAGAAGAACUACAAACCAAACACUACAUUCAUUAGCAUGUGGGACGAAGCUAUGAAUAAGCUGAAAUGUUGUGGAUACAAAGGCUAUGAUGACUUCACAAAUUCCAGCUUUGUAAAGGAAAAGUCAUCAUACCCCAUGCAAUGCUGUGAUUCAAAAAUUCCAUGUAAAAAAGACGAAGCUAUGCGCAAAGGAGUGAAGGGCUGCUCUAAAGUGCUAUUGGAAGAAAACAUCCCUGGGUCUGCACAUUUGUCCUUUCUGAUGGGUAUUGUAGAGAUUGUUGCAAUGGUUAUUUCCCUGAAAGUCUAUCGAUGCUUGAAGUAUGUACCUUUUUUGCCAGACUGACAUGUUUGAAAGUCAUCUUUGCUGUGCUGUCAUAAACAAACGUUGACAGUAACACAUUGCAGUAAGGUUGUAAACAGUACUUUUACUGCACUUAAUGUUAAUUUUAACAUAUAUUAACUCAUGAAAGUUGUUCUACUAAUACAUUCAAAGUUGUAUGUUAAUGCAUUAACUAACAUGAACUAGCAAUUAAUAAUUGUGUUUUCCUAAAUUGACAUUAAUCAAAUAUUAAAGAUUAAUAAAUGCUGUAAAAAAUAUAUUGUUCAUUUUUAGUUCUUAAUACCUAAUUCUAAUGUAAACAAAUAGAACCUUAUUAUAAAGUUUUAUUAUGUAGACUGUUAUAAUGUAUGGAAGAUCUUUGUAAUAUUAUUGUGUGUCAUUUAUACACAGUGCCGUCAGAAAGUAUUCACCCCCUUUCAUUGUUAAUUUUUUUUUUUCCAUUUAAAUGUUUUCUUCAUAAACAUUUAUAUCUCCAGAAUGAAAGACUUUGAUUCCUUAUCUGAUUUUUUUUUUUUUCUUUUUUUUUUUCGUGGUAUAUAUCUUUGGUAAAUGCCUUCUGCACAAUUACUUCUGCAGUGCAAAUACUGUAAGAUCAUACUCCACCAAAUUAGAUGGAGAGUGUCAAUGUCUUGAAUCUGUUCCUUUUUUUUAAAUCUGGAGAAAGCGAAAAUAAAAGCAAACUUAGA